AUGAAUGAAUUGAUUACUAAAUCUGAAAUUAGUUUUUUAAAAAUCUGCAAAUUAGUAGUAUCUGAACAAAGGUUUUCUGAAUCAUCAUCUCAGUCUAGUAGAACUUCUGCUCUUGCAGAAAUAUUAGAUGAUGACUUUGGAUUAGUGAAAAAAACUGAUGAAAAGAAGAUAUCAAGCAUAAUAAAACAACUUAUCAAAGAAUUAUUAACUGAGAUUUCUGAUAAUGAUAGGAACUUAGAAGAAACAAGUGAAAGCAUAAGUAACUUUUUACAACUCUCUGAAAGGAUUGAUCAUGCUAAAACUAAAAACGAAGAAGCAUCUUGA